AUGCGGCCGCACUGCCCCGUGAGCUGCAAGGUCGUGAGUGGCUGCACGGCGUCGACGCCGCGCAUUCUCGUCGAGGACGUGUCGACGGAGACGUGGACUUCCGUCAAGGCCGUCGUCGGCGACCUGUUGCUGGCGUUGCGGGGCGACGAGGUCUUGUUCGUAAGGGAGGUCGACGGGCCGGCGGACGUGACGGUCGUCGCGUCCUGA